GCAGCAGUGGCGCUCGAAGCGGCAGUGGCAGAGCUCCUGAGAACCGUCCUCCUGUCGCUGCUCCGUCGGGACAACGCGCUCUCAGCCUAGUCAAGAGCUCUGAGGGCUUCCCUCCAGGACCAUGCGCGGCUCCGAGCUCUCGCUCUUGCUGUUGGCUCUGGUCCUCUGCCAGGCGCCCCGGGGGCCAGCUGCCCCGGUGUCGACAGGCGCAGGUGGAGGCGCGGUCCUGGCCAAGAUGUAUCCGCGCGGCAGUCACUGGGCUGUGGGACACUUAAUGGGGAAAAAGAGUACAGAUGAAUCUCCGUCCCUGUAUGCGGCUGAGAGAGAUGGCCUGAAGGAGCAGCUGAGGGGAUACAUCCGCUGGGAAGAAACUGGCAGAAAUUUGCUGGACCUCCUAGAAGCCGCUGGGAACCGAAGCCACCAGCCACCUCAGCAUCUGCCUCUCAGUCUCCAGCCUACUUGGGAUCCCGAGGACAGCAGCUACUUUAACGAUGUUCAAAACGCUAAGUUGGUAGACUCUCUGCUCCAGGUUCUCAAGGGGAAGGAAAGAACUGCCAGCUGAAGGGACAACGACAAGGGCGGCUUCCAAGGAGCAAAACAAAACCCUUCAGAGACUGCCUUCUGCAAACGCUGACUCUACUGGACCAUCGACAAGAUUUCCUUUGUGCAAUUUACUUAACUAUUCUCCUUAUCUUUCACCCGCAACUAAACUCGCAAACUUUCGAGCAGCGACUUCUGGUUUGAACUCGUUUCUGUGAACCAUGCACUACUCGGAAAGAGCUUUCCAAUGAACGCUUUUUCCAGCUAGGUUUUUUGUUGAUUGGAUUCAGGGCUCCAAUCUGCUACCAUUCACAAUAAAAAGCUUCCGUGAUCACGCUGUCCAAAGGG